AUGACUCUGCUAUCCAAUCUCGAAGCCCUUCACCGCCGUCAGGGACGUUCACCUGCCUCCCAGGCUGGGGAUGGCCAGAACGCCCAGCAAGAGGCGUCACCAGUGGCACAAGCAACCGUCUCUGCUCAUUCCACAGCAGGAGAGGGCUAUUCUCUCUCUCAUUCUAAUAGCCACCUUGGCCAUGGACCCAACUCUUUCGAUGUCCGUACUCUAAUUCCUCCGCACCCCGUGGAUUGGUCUGCUAUGCAUCGGAUCAUCGCCGCCAGAGCCCGCGAGGCAAGUUUGACCCAGAGACAGGCUUCUCGCCUCUCUGUUGACUGGGAUCUCAACGGCCUUGAACGCGGAACCACCCGUCCCACUCUGCCUUCUUCAGAGCAAACUUCUCAGGAGCAAGUUCAUCCUGCCGAUUUGGACGAGACCUCUCGUCAGGCCAGAAUCUCUGUGGACUCUACUCCAGAUAUCACUACUCAACAUCCUUUCAACACCACAUCUCGUCUCCAGUCUCACUUCGGAGACUCUACCACAUCUCGAACUCUAACUGUCUCACGCAGAGCCAACGUCUCUACAGGCUCUACUCCGGAUAUCACUACUCAUCAUCCUUUCAACACCACAUCUCGUCUCCAAUCUCACCUCGGAGACUCCACCGCAUCCCGAGCUCAAAACGUCUCACGCAGAGCCCAAGUGGACUUCCAUAUUGCUCGUCCUACUUUGCGAACUCAGUUCACCCUCCCUUCGACUCUCUUGGAGCACCAGUUGGACGAUAAUCCUGUUCUUGGUCGAAUGAUGGAGUUCAUCCAGAACGGCUCGAAUCAGAAGUCCAAGAAAAACAACAUUGGGGAUUCCGCUCAGCCUGAUCAACUCGAUCCGAAUACGAUGGCAACCUCAUCGUCAGACUUCACGCAGAACGCGAACCCUCCUGUUUCUCCUGCCCACGAACAUAUCAACACCGAAGACAAUAACGGUGAUCACUUGGACUCGCUCAGCAACCUUGAUAAUGCGGGAGACAUCCACGGACUGGGUUAUGGAUACGGAUAUCACGUUUCGCUGACAAACGAGGAAACCUUCUUUGAUGACGCAUUUUCAUCUGUGAUGCAAGACUUUACUACUGGGGAUUCGGAGACCCCAUGCGAUGACCCGCCGUUCGCAACCCACCCUCUUCUGCCAGAAGGAACUGAGAUUCACCAAGACGAGCCUCUACACCAUGACACUAAUGAGGCUGCGGAGGAUACCGAGAUUCCAUUUGAGGAGGCAUUUGGGGAUAUCAUUGAUAUGAGCAUGUUCACGGAUUGA